AUGGCAUUCUUCAAUCCGUAUUGGGUCGCAAACAAGCUAGACGAAAUCGACGAUGAAACAGAAUAUAAAUCAAGUGUCAUCCUUAUUGGGAUUGAUUCACUUUCAAGGUCAAAUGCUAUCAGAAGCCUUCCAAAAACUCUGCAAUAUCUUCGCGAUGAUCUCGAGGCUUUUGAUUUCAUGGGGCUACGUAAGGUAGGGUUGAAUACGUUUCCAAAUUUAAUACCACUUCUUACGGGAAGACCACAUACCGACUUUCCCAAUUAUAUGCAGGGCAAAGAUUUCGCCGAUUCAAUACCUUUAAUCUGGAAGGAGAACUGUACCGCUAGAACCGCAACAGCUUUUAUUGAAGACUGUCCGGGCAUUUCCAUGUUCAACUAUUUGAAACCUGGAUUUUACAAGCAACCAUCUGAAUAUUAUUUCCGCUCUUUUGAAGUUGCACGGCGCAAAUUCAAGCCGAUGAUUUUUACAUCUCUAGGAAAAGAUUCUAAGGACUGUUACGGACAGAAAAAUGUGUUUGUGUUGAUGAAGGAGUAUUUUAAAGGAUUUCUUAAAGUGUAUAGAGAAAAGCGCAAAUUUGCCCUGUUCUGGGCGACCCACGUUGGGCACGAUUAUGUAAACCAUGUCCGGCGAUUCGACGAACCUUUACUUGAAAUGUUACAGUGGAUGAAACGAGAAAUAAAUCUGGAAAACAUUAUGUUAAUUUUCUUUGGUGACCACGGCUUUCGAAUGGGCGGUUUAGCCUUGACGCAUAUCGGGCGAGAAGAGAAUAACAAUCACGCGCUUAUUAUACAUGUACCAAAGCAGUUGAAGGUAAACGUGGAAAAUAUACUUUUUAAGAACACAGCAAGACUUGUUAGUCAUUAUGAUAUUUACAAACCAUGCUACAUGGAUCGGCAGUCGAAUCGUGGUAUCUUCAGCAACAAGAAGCUCUUCCUAGUAUGGAUGAACGAGAAUAACAACCUGUACAUGCAGCCUGGUGGCAACCUUGCCACAGUCUGA